UGCAAAUAGCAUAAUCUGGUGCAUGGUUGCUUUGUUCAGUCACAAUACAAGAGAUAUCUUUAAUUCCACAUAUAAAGCAUCAGUUAAAGUAGGAUUUAUUGUAAAGCCAGGGAAUAGAAUACGAGGUUUGGUAGAAGAAAUCUCUAAUU